GAUAUUAUGUUGAUCCGAACCGUGACUUUUAUGAUCCGUUGUACCUCUAGUAAGAGUAGUUGCUUGUUUAUAACAGUUGCAUAUAUCAAGCAUUUUCGGUUGCUUUUGAUAGCUCUCCACCCAUUAACCGGUAACUAACGGGUUCAUUUUUAAGAUAAAACAGAAUGAGGAUUUUCUUUUAGUCCGGCGCUCGGUGACUCAAUGAGCACCUGAUGAAUGUGAGUCCAAUAUUCUCUCUUAGCUCUGUUUCUGGUCUCCACCACCACCUGAGGGAGACACCUGUCCCUGUAGCUGCUAAAUGCUCCACUAUGUUCCAAUAUAGACAUUCCUGUCUGGUGAUGGUAAAUAGCCAAGUGUUUGCUAACAUGGUCAUCGACUAAGCUCAUUAUAUGUCAAACUUGUCCGUGACAUUAACUUAUAGUUAAAUUAAAACGUUAAUAUCCAAUUGGAAUAUAGAGAAAAUAUGGAAUUGAUAAUUGUAUAUUGUGUUUUUUGUAAUAAACAAGAGAAACUAGAAAACAUUUUAAAAACAAUUACAAAAACUUGAGCGUUAAAGUGAAUUCUUGACUAGCUUUCAUCAUCUCAUGGUCUUCAUUAGAAGCAUUUGCUCCGUUGUAAUCACGUGACCUCAGUGUGUCAUGUGAUAACAGAUGAAGACUGUGAGAUGUGGAUCAAAGCCAGUUCCUGGACCUUGAGUUAAGAUAUUUUUUUUCAAGCAUUUAAUUACAAAGAAAAUCGUUCUGACAGCAACAUGUUCUUCUGUGAGGGAUAACUGACAGCUCGUCUUCAUUCUAUUGAGGCUUCAGUGGGAGUCAGAAUUAAAACGCACUCCAAACGGCAGCUUGCGGAGGCAAAAUGUCCUCGUCGGAGAGGAGAGAUGUGAUAUUUGAAGACUGUCCAACGCAGACGAAAUCCAUCAUUCUGUCACACGGUUCAAGUGAUCGCACAACAACUCCCAUCAAUCAUCCGAGCUGUGAUUGGUUCUUCCGCAAAGACAGCGUGAGCCGGCGUCCCGUCUAAUUCAGAUGUCACGUUGUUUGUCUCGUUGUCUUCUUGACCCCCUUCGUAGGAAACGCUUCACUACAGCUGAACGUGAACCACGAGCAAUGCCGCCAUUAAUCAACCUUUUAAUAAAAGACGUCUUCUCUUUUCUCAGAGGUGUCCCGAAACGACUCCUGUCCAGACCUGCCCGAGAUCCAGAACGGCUGGAAGACCACGUCCCACAUUGCGCUGGUGCGCGGCGCUCGAAUCACCUACCAGUGCGACCCGGGAUACGACCUGGUGGGACGGGAGACCCUCACCUGUCAGCUGGACCUCUCCUGGAGCUCCCAGCCGCCGUUCUGUGAAAAGAUCAUGUACUGCUCAGAUCCGGGCCACGUGGAGCACUCCACCAGGUCUCUGUCCGACCCCAAACUCCUAGUGGGGACAACCAUCCAGUACAGCUGCAGCGCCGGCUUCAUCCUGCAGGGUGGCGCCACCAUCACCUGCUACGGCCGCGAGCCCGGGACCCCCGUGUGGACGUCCCGACUCCCUCACUGUGUCUCGGAGGAUUCGGUUUCCUGCGAGAACCCCGGCCUCCCCGACAACGGCUACCAGAUCCUGUCCAAGAGGCUGUACCUGCCGGGCGAGUCGCUCACCUUUGUCUGUUACCAAGGUUAUGAGCUCAUCGGAGAAGUCGCAAUUAAAUGCAUCCUGGGGAACCCGUCCUUUUGGAGCGGCCCACUCCCACUCUGCAGGGGUGAGAUUUUUAACCUUUGGAUUUAUGCAUGAACACAAUAUUCUUCAAAGACUUUUUUUGCCCCAUGCUUGUUGAUACAGAUUGAUCAUGGCUCCUAUGCAUGCUAAUGACCGCUCGCUGAACCCCCUUGGCCAAAAUCGUAGCUUUGCAACCGCAACCAGCGACAGCAUUUAAAGGAGCAGUGUGUAGGACUUUAGUGGUGAGGAUGCAGAUUGCAGCCAACUGAA